ACCGAGGCACUUGCGGGGAAAGCUCAUACUUACCAGCAAUCUCAACCUCUCUCUACAUUCGACGCCGCUUCUGAUUCUUCACAAUACUCUAACUUGCCAGGCCUACACAUCGUCUUCAUUGCAUCCUUGACUCACUCUCCUCAACAUGGCCACCGAACGCCUGAGCUCCAUCAUCACCCACCUGAAUCCUCUCAAGAGCGGUCUCUCAGCUCUCACCACCAAGAAUCCCGAUGAUAUCGUUGUAACACUUGCUAUCCGUACUCCCCUCGCCAAGGGUGGUAAGGGUGGUUUCAAGGAUACCGUUCUCGAAGCUAUUGUCGUCAAGCUGAUGAAGGAAGUGAACAAGCGCUCUAACCUUGACCCGGCUCUCGUUGAAGAUAUCUGCCUUGGAAACGUCUCAGAUGCUAAAGCUGCAUAUUAUUGCCGUGCCGCUUCCCUCGCCGCCGGGUUCCCUGUCACUACCUCCGCCUCCUCAUGCAAUCGCUUCUGCUCCUCCGGCCUGAAGGCCAUUCAGGACAUCGCCAACCAGAUCAGCAACGGCAGCAUUGACAUUGGUCUUGCGAUCGGUGCGGAGUCCAUGACCACAGGUGGUGAUCGUCUCGAGCGACCCUUUGACCCAGAGGUCCUCACCACGCAAGAUGCAAAAGACUGCAUGCUGCCCAUGGGAGCUACCUCUGAGAACGUCGGCCGCGACUUCAACAUCUCCCGUGAGAUGCAAGAUCGUUACGCAACUGAGUCCUACCGUAAAGCCGAAGUUGCCCAAAAGGCCGGCUGGUUCGACGAUGAGAUCGCCCCGAUCCAAACACAGAUCAAGGACCCCAAGACCGGUGAGAUGCACACUGUGACUCUCACCAAGGAUGAAGGUCCCCGUUAUGGCACCACUUACGAGGGUCUCUCAAAGAUUCGUCCCGCUUUCAAGGAAUACGGUGACAAGUCUACAGGAGGUAACAGCUCACAAGUUACUGACGGCGCCGCCGCCGUGCUGCUCAUGAAGCGCUCGCGUGCCCAAGAGCUCGGCCAACCAAUCUUGGCCAAAUUUUGUGGUGCCACCGUUGCCGGUCUGCCACCACGCAUCAUGGGUAUCGGCCCAUCUGUCGCCAUUCCUAAACUACUUAAGAAAUUUAACGUAACCCUCGACGAUAUCGAUAUUGUUGAGAUCAAUGAGGCAUUCGCAAGUAUGGCGGUAUACUGCCAACAAACGCUCAAUAUCCCAGCAGAGAAGUUAAACCCCCGUGGGGGUGCAAUUGCGCUUGGCCACCCGCUCGGCUGUACAGGAGCUCGUCAGGUUGUUACUGGAUUGAGCGAGGCCAGGCGGACAAAAAAGAAGGUGCUCUUGACGAGCAUGUGUAUUGGUACGGGACAGGGCAUGGCUGGCUUGUUCGUCAACGAGCAGUUGUAGACAUUCGAAUGACGCCUAUGAAAAUACAUGAUUUGGCAUGCACACGUUUUCUAGAUUUUGUACAUAGAAUACUACACUUUUCUGACAAAGCGUAGCUUGCGGAUAUCGUGGUUGUGAUGGGUUAAUCAAGGGUCGCCAAAUUGGUGGGAAGGCUCUAGGUCGGCGAGACAAGUGAACCAUGGUAUAGCAAGGUAGAGCGAACAGUUCAUUCCACAGAUUUUGUAUACCAUUCCUCGUUACGUCAUACACCCUGUUAUCUAUAUAUGACAGCUUGUUCCAUAGAGGUCAGAUGGCUUGAUAGUGAAGGGUUGCAUGCACAAUAUGAGUUCCCGGGGACUUGGGUGGCAGAACAGUAUGGUUUCUUUUAAAUGGCAUGUCCUUCGGGAAUUAUUCCGGUGUGUUAAGAGUAUAGAUAUAUUGACUAUUUGAGGAACAGAGAAU